GGAAGUGGGAGGUAAUCGGAUUAAAGUGAAUUUGGUUCAAAUUGGGGCUUUUGACAGCAGGUCCUGCACUCAGGCACAAGUAGCCAUCCACAGUGGACCUCGUCAUCAUUCACUAGGAGUAGGGAAAGCAGCAGAGCAACAAACAGCCAACAUGCCAGCUGAUUUGAACGGAUAUUGGAAAAUGAUUUCCAAUGAUAACUUUGAGGAGUAUCUGAAGGCUCUCGAAGUAAACAUCGCCAUCAGGAAAAUCGCCACCUUGUUGAAGCCUGACAAGGACAUUGUCCACGAUGGGGACCACAUAAUCAUCAAAACCCUCAGCACCUUCAAAAACUACAACAUGGACUUCCAUGUGGGCAAAGAGUUUGAGGAGGAUCUGUCUGGAGUGGAUGACAGGAAAUGCAUGACCACCAUCACCUGGGAGGGAGACAAGCUGGUGUGUGUGCAGAAGGGAGAGAUUGAAGGAAGAGGCUGGACCCACUGGGUGGACGGAGAUGAGCUUCAUCUGGAGCUGAGAGCUGCCGGAGCUGUUUGCAAGCAGGUCUUCAAGAAGACCUAAGCUGGCUCUUAUUGGACAAGACGGUGUCCCCGGCUGACAUCGGCUUACAGAGACGCUCCACACCCAUGCCUCUGACGUACCAUCCAACUUUCCCUUUGGUCGUUUGUACAUCUCUCCAUGUGUCCAUCUACCCAUGUGAUUUUCAUUAUGAAUAUUAUUUUCUUGAAACACUCAUUUAUUUUUCAUCAAUAGCCUACUGUUGCCAAAGCCAAUUCAAAGGGGCGGGGCAGUGUGUAUCAUGUAACAUCACAAAAUGCAAUCCUGUAAAUAUGUCUCAGGGCAAGUGCUCUUUUAAUUACCAAGUUUAGAUGUGUUGGACACAUGCAUACCGCUACUAUAGGUGUAGCUGAUCUGACAGGUGAGCCAGAUUGAUGAACGCAAUGCUCUGCCUUGGAAAAGUAAUGGAUGGCAGUGAAGAGAAGAGAGCAGUGGGUUCAUCCCAUUUUAGUUCUUUGAGUCAUUGCUGUGGAUGGAAAAAGAUGAACAUCUGUAUGUGUGAGGGCUGUAAACGUCUUUGCUACGGAUGCUUAGUCUCAAGAAUGGAUAUAAAAUGUGAUGUGUGUAUUUAUCCCUCCCAAUUCAUUUGGGAACGUGCCAUAAAAUUAAUCAGUCAAUAAAGUAAACAGUGCUCAA